AUGAUAAUAAAAACUCUUCUGUCUUGUGUUCCCAGGAACACCACUGGAGAAUAUCUGAGCCUGGAUACAAAUGUGACAACCUGGGUGACAGUAAGCACAACAAAGAAUGAACGUGACUGGCUGGACUUUGUACAAGCAAAGGAGAAGGCUCUCUUGAUCACAAGGAUUCUGGAAUGUAUCAUUGCCCUGGUGGGGCUGGCAGGAAAUGCUGUGGUGCUCUGGCUCCUGGGCUUCCGAAUGCAGAGGAAUGCUUUCUCUGUCUACAUCCUCAACUUGGCAGCGGCUGAUUUUGUUUUUCUCUCCAUCUGGAUGACAUUGUCCAUUCGGGCAUUCUUCCCAGGACUAGAGUUUAAGUUCUCCUAUGGGGUUGAACGUUUGCGCAAAAUUUUUAGCUUUCCCUAUAUUGCAAGCCUGAGCAUUCUCACUGCCAUUAGCACUGAGCGCUGCCUGUCUGUCUUAAAACCCAUCUGGUACUAUAGCCACCGCCCAAAAUACUUAUCUGCUGUUGUGUGUGCCCUGAUUUGGGCCCUGUCCCUGCUCCUAAGCAUCCUGAGAAUGAAAUUCUGUGACUACCCAAGUGGAAUGUAUGAUAAAUAUUUGUGUGACCUAACUGAUCUAAGCAUUGCAGUAUGGCUGGUUCUCUGCUCUGUGCUUCUAUUUGUAUCCAGCCUGGCGCUGCUGACCAGAUUGCUGUGUGGCUCCUGGAAGCUGAAGCUGACCAGGCUAUAUGUGACCAUCAGUCUCACAGUACUGGUUUUCCUCAUCUGUGGUCUACCUUGGGGCAUCAACUUGUUCCUCAAACCCUCAACAACAAUGAGGAAUCGUAUACACAUAUUGAGAUUUCGUCUAGCGACACAGGUACUCUCCUGUGUCAGUAGCUGUGCCAAUCCUAUCAUUUACUUCUUUGUUGGCUUUUAUAGAAAGCAGGAAAAACUGCAAAGGAGACUCAAAAUAAUACUGCAGAGGGCUUUGCAGGACAUUCCUGAGGAAAAUGGAAGUGAAGGCCGCCCUCCUCAGGAGACUCCGGUAAUAUCAUGA